AAUCUAUCAGCAGAAAAAAGAGAACCGCGAGUCAUUUUCUGGUGCUUCUGGUUAUCGGUCUCUCGAUUCACAGUCUCGCGGGCACAGCUCGGUCGUCCGUCCGUCGGGUCCUCGUGCAUCGUUCGUUCGGGUCCAAAUGCCAUAAUAGACGGAGUGCUGAAGUAAAAGCCGUCAUUUUUCUUUCCUCUUGUGCUGUUUUUCCUAUCUGAAAAUUGAAAGAAAUAAACCAAGUUUAGAUUUGUGCAACUGUAUCCGGAAACGUCCUUUCAACUGUUGGGAAUACGAAAACAAAGCUGGAAUCUGCCGAACGUGUUGAACAUUCUCAAGCUCGUUGGCGAAAUGGAUAAAAUGAAGGAAUCGGCACCCGGUGAAAGUGGUGUGGGUGGCGGCGGUGGCGGAGGACCAGGUGGUGGUGCAGGCGUUGGAGGUGACGGGUCAGGAAGCGGAACUGGUGAAGGUGACGAUGUUCACACCGAAUUCUACAAUACCGGUCGCAUUGGGAGACGUAACGCGCUGCCGGAUAUUCUGGGCACGCAUUGCACUACCACGACGGCCGAUUUGCCAACACAACUAGGAGCUCUGUCGACAUCUGAUUGUCCUGCAAAACAAACCAGCACAACAGCCACCAGCAAUGAAGCUGCAGCCAAUCCCUCCACCAGUAGUGGUGGAUCGUAAAUGCUUCAACGAAAUCAAUUACUCUAGCAUUAGAAAAGUAAACAGGUAAACGUCACCUCAUUUGAAAAAGUUGGAAGGGAUGUGAAGCAUUCUUAUAGCAAACAUAAUAUUGAUGCUUUAUCAUCGCAGGACAUCCAUCCAUGCCACGUGCUCAUCACGCCAACCUGUUUGUCUUGGACGGCUGUGUUUGAUUCAAUGAGCUGCCCAUAAAUACAUUUUGAAACAGUUCAGUACGAAAGGAAUCACAAAAACAACAAUGACGUAUAGAAAAAAAGGAAUGAACCAAGAUCUCGUUUAGCUAGAAAUCAAAGUAUUGAUUGUAGAAAUUCACAAACACUGAUGACGAAGGAGCUUUGAUAUGGCUUAACAAAUUUUUGAAAAUGCAUCACAAAACUUGAAAACGAAAAUAUUUCGAAUAUGUUUUGGCUUUUUAAAUGGAAAUCUGUUUCUCGUAGUUUGAAUCGAAGAACUUGUACAUUAACUUAUUCAGUCAAAAUUUAAAACAUUCAAUUUUCUUUGUUCGUUUAAGCAGCAUACAACCAACUCAUGCCAUGUUUCUAAAGUUAGUUUAGUAAUGGAAUUAAAUGACUGCGAAGAGAUUAUUUGAGCUGUAUUAGUAAAGAAUAUAGUUUCUAGCUUAGGUACUCGAAGCAAUAGCUAUUCUCAUUGUUUCCAAGUGUAAUCUUCAUCUGUAUUAUUAGAGUACAAAGCAAUCUUGAUUUAAAUUUUCGUUUUAGCUCGUCAGACAAGUUAUCGUUGACUCAAUGUUAGAUCCAUUCACUUGAACCAUUAUAACUAAAAAUACUUAAGCUAAAUUUAUUUUAAUUCAAUUAAGCAUUCAAUUAUUCUAUAGGCUACAUUUAGUUAAACCUACAAUAUUCUACUCUUUUCCGACAAAAUGUAAUGUGUUCCGGACGUUCACUGAAAUAAAUUCAAAUUAUCCUAACUGCACGAAUGCAUUUUAUCUACAGGAAUAUUUUGGCAAAGUUGGGUCCAUGGUUCAGUAAUGUUCUUUAAUUUGAUUGAUAUUGGAAUAUUUCCUUAUUUCACAUCGAUAACAAAGCGGAGUUACGUUCUAUAAUUCAUUCAAUUUGAAUUUGGAGCGUUUACUAUAUUUAAAAUAUAUUGUCAAAAAUUGAAAACGCUUUCCUUUCUAACCAUUUAAAAAAUGUUCCUUUGGUCAAUUCAACAUUUUUUUGUUCUCUAAAAUCUUUAACUUAAUGCACGGAAUCAAUCCCAACUACAUAUGCCUGCGAAUUUCGCGAAGUUAUCAUCUGCGGAUACGACCAUACACAAUUGUGCAUUUGCUCUUGUGGAUUUUUUUCUGCUUUCUAUUGAAAAUAUUUAAUGGCAUUGAAACUGUCCACAUGUAGCAAGAGUAAUGACAUAUUUCAUUACGUUUUAAAACUGUUUUCCAUAGAAUGUAACCAACGUACCGGCCCGGAAUACUACAAAAAUAUUACCCCGUUACUUAGUCUAACAUCAGCUUUAAUUCACAUGUUUUGUAACAUAAUCUCAAACUAAUGUAACUGAACCUUAAUGUUCUAUAACGCACAAAUCGAAUUCGUUAGAGUCAAUCACAACAAUGCGUAACCUGAUUUUACUUAUCAAUAAAUUUUGUGUUAUGUCCGCUUUCAACGAAGGAAAUAAGUACGAUACGUUUAACUAUUGCUUUCUGAACAGACAGAUGGAGGGAAAUUUUCAAAAACGAUGCGCGAUUAAUUAAUUUUUGUACAUUGAUAAAGCAAAAAAAUAAAUAAAAAAUCUUUCAAUUAGUUACCCAGUGAUAAAAACUUCGAAAACAGUUCUUACUAAUUCGAAAAAAGAGUUAACGAAUUAAAAUAUUCAUAAUCGUAGAUUAGAUCUAUAAAAAUACUGAAUAAUUUUCGUAGAAAAAGUUAA